UUCCUUCCCUCCAUCUUGCACGAGAAUUCCAUGGAGUUUCCAAAUUCCCAACGCGGCAGAACAAAGUCAAUAUAAUUCAACAAGCACAACCAAACCUCCAUCGAAUUCCAAUCUCAAAAAUCUCAGAGAGCUACUGAAUUUCAAGAAAUGGAGAACGAAAACGAAGGGUGGAUAUACGACGUGUUCGUCAACUUCCGCGGCAAAGACACCGGCCGUAACUUCACCGACCACCUCUGCGCCGCCCUGGACCAGAAGGGGAUCAUGGCCUUCCGGUACGAUCAGGCACUCGAGAGAGGAAAGCCCAUUUCCUCCGAGAUCCUCAAGUCGAUCGGAGAAUCGAGGUUUUCGAUCGUAGUCUUCUCGAAAAACUACGCCGCCUCGGCGCGGCGCUUGGACGAGCUCGUGGAGAUCCUCCGGUGCAUGAAAUCGACGGGCCAGAUCGUUUUUCCGGUGUUCUACGAUGUGGAUCCGUCGGAUGUGCGGAAGCAGAGGGGGGAGUAUUUUGAGAAGGCGUUCAGGAAGCAUGAGGAGGAUUUCAUGGACAAGGUGGAGAGUUGGAGAGGUGCAUUGAGAGAUGCAGCCACCCUCUCUGGGUGGAAUUUGUAUAACAAGCACGAGGCAAAAGUUAUCCAAGAGAUUGUCAAAGAGAUAUCAAAUCAAUUGAGCCAAAAGCUUUCAAGCGUGCCCGAGGAUUUAUUUGGAAUCGAUUCCCGAGUGGAGGAAAUGAAUCUCUGCUUGGAUAUGGAGGUGAACGAUGUUCGCAUUAUAGGAAUUUACGGGGAGAAAGGUAUAGGCAAGACGACAAUUGCUCAAGUUGUUUACGACAGGGUAUCUGGUCAGUUCAACGGCAGCAGCUUCCUUGCUAACAUAAAAGAAGUUGAUGAAAAACAAGGCCUAGUUCCUUUACAGGAACAACUUAUUUCGGAAAUCCUCAUGGAUAAGAAUAUUAAGAUAUGGAAUGUACAUAUAGGAGUCAAUGCAAUCCUGAACAGACUGCGCUAUAAAAAGGUUCUUCUCGUUCUUGAUGGCGUGGAUCGGUUAGAACAGUUAGAAGCCUUGGCUGGGAGCCGCGAUUGGUUUGGCGCAGGAAGUAGAAUCAUUGUAACAACCAGGGAUGAAAACUUGCUGAUCAGAUACCGUGUUGACAGGUUUUAUAGGGCACAGGCGUUGAAUCACGAAGAAGCGCUUCGCCUUUUUUGUUGGAAAGCGUUUAAACAAGGCCAUCCGCCGGAGGAGCAGUAUGUAGAGCUGUGCGAGCUUGUGUUGAAUCAUGCUCGCGGCCUUCCGUCUGCGCUUGAAGCUUUGGGGUCUUUCUUGUUUGGCAGGAGUUUAGUUGAAUGGAGAAGUGCAGUAAAUAGACUAGCACAAGUUCCUUGCACGUGGAAUUACUUGAAAUGAAUAAUUGCUCGACGAGUAAGGGCUUGUAGCUCGGUUGGUGAAGAGCGUGCACCCAUUUAGUCGAGGUCUUGAGUUUGAUUUCUCCUCCAUAAUGUCACUUGUAUAAACGAAAAUCAAGAUUAAUGAAUUAUUUUAGUGCAUUCACCCUUUUAGUCGAAAUUCCGAGAUUAAUUUGGUUAAUGGAGUUAAAAUAUCUCAUUAGUCCAUGUAAA